AUGGCCGUCUCUGCCACCGCCCUCUCUUCCAGUCUGGCCUGCUUCUGCCCCUCCUCUGAGGCCUCCUCUUCUCUGUGUACUCUCCGGCGGAAGCCACUCUCCGUCCUGUCGAUGGCCCUGCCGGCGACAAAGGGGCCUGCGGCGGCGAGUUCUCUUUGUGUGGCUGGUUUCAGUGCGAAUUCGGCGAUGGAAGCGGGAAGGGGACGGAGGAGGGCGUUGGCUUGCUCAACGCCGUCGGCGUUUCCGUAUGUGGGGAGGGUGGGGUGGCACCGUAGGGAGGGGAAUGCGUCGAUCCUCUCCUCCGGCGGCGGGGACGAGGCCAACGCCGGCAAGGUUGACGAAGCCUCGUCGUCGUCGUCGUCGUCGUCCGAGAACCUCUCAGCUAUGCUCCCCUUCGCUGUUGCCGCCACCGCCGUCGCCGCCCUCUCGAGACCGUCCACUUUCUCCUGGUGCGUUGGAAAUCUCCUCUCCCCUGCUCUUUCUAAGAACUCAAAGCUCCGGUCCGUAUUGCUUCCGAGCGUUUGGGUUUUCUGCUGGUUAUCUUAGACUGGAUUUUUCCCGACGGAAGAUCAUUCGCAUGUUGCCCUUCUUUGGGAUUUGAUGAUCUUGUUCCGUGCUUUACUCGGAAAGAAACGGAUGCCUGCUUUCUUCAAGUCCUGAAGCAGAUUUCAUCCCCCUCCAAGAUUUCUCUGAGUUCCACCGUUUGACUUUUCGGAGCUCCAUCCAUUUUUGAACUGGGAACAGGAGACACCAGGGCAACUCUCUCCCCGUAGCGACCAGCCUCCAUGAUAGAACGCCCUGAUUUAGAUUGACUGAAUGCUCCUGGCCUACUUCCAGGAUGCCCAAAGAGUACUAUGCCCCAGCCCUCGGUGGAAUCAUGCUGUCCAUUGGCAUCAAACUAUCCCUAGAUGAUUUCGCUCUUGCCUUCAAGAGGUACGUUAAAAUUUUCAUCUCCAUUUCCAUUUUUAGUUCUGGUUCCUGCAACUCGGCUUGCCCAUAUGUAAUAAAUUACUCGGCUGUCGUCUCUUCCUCUCUCCCAUCAAAUCGGAAAUUUGCCAAUUGUUUUGGUGUCCAAUCUGCUGCAGGCCAUUGCCGCUGUCUGUUGGGUUCCUGGCGCAGUAUGUGCUCAAGCCACUCUUGGGCCUGCUAAUCGCCAAGGCAUUUGGGGCUUCUUCAAUGUUCUAUGCUGGGUUCAUUCUCACCUGUUGCGUGUCAGGGGCACAGCUGUCGAGCUACGCCAGUUAUCUGAGCAAAGGGGACGUAGCUCUGAGCAUCCUCUUGACCAGCACUACAACAAUCUCCUCUGUCAUCGUCACCCCCCUUCUGACUGGUCUUCUGAUCGGUGAUGUGGUUCCUGUUGAUGCUGGUGCCAUGUCCAAGUCAAUAUUACAGGUGAACAUUAGUUGGCUGAUGCCUCUCUGGGUUUUAUUGCUAGAUUUUUCUUUCAUUUAGUUAUAAAAAAAGGAACUUACCCAUAAUUGGGAAACGAUGUCUUAGGAAAUUUUGUUCCCUUUGCGUUCAGUGUAGAAAACCAGUCUUAAGGAAAUAUUCGUCUACUUUGAAUAUCUGAUGUAAUCCUAGUUUUUUCCUUGAUUCAUGAUUUUUUGUUUAAUUUAGAGUCUGUCAAAGCAUGAAAAGAAAUCAAAUAAAAUUUGCACUGAGAAUUAAAAUGACAAGAACAAGAUUUGCUGAUGGAGAUGAGCGCGUCUCGUUAAACCGGUUUUAUUGAGCAUGGAACAGGAACACCUCUUUUACAGUUUGAAUCUCUUCCAGAUCAAUACCCGCUAUAAUCUACAGUUAUUUACUUGUCGGGUGGAUUAUGAAUCUGAUGUUAGAUAUAUACUAUAUUUUUCCCCGAAUUUUAUUGACUUCACCUAACGAUUAUUGAUCGUGUAGGUGGUGCUCCUCCCCGUAACAGUGGGCCUGGUUCUCAACACCUAUGCGAAGCCUGUUGUGAACAUCCUCAAGCCCAUAAUGCCAUUCGUUGCAAUGGUGUGCACAUCCUUGUGCAUUGGGAGUCCUCUCGCCAUCAACCGCAAUCAGAUCCUGUCUGCAGAGGGCCUCCAGCUGCUCUUCCCCAUCCUCACCUUCCAUCUUGCUGCGUUCACACUCGGUUAUUGGCUCUCGAAAUUGCCAAUCUUCAGGUGAGACUCUCUCUCUCUCUCUCUCUCUCUCUGAGAAUUCGGAUCUUGAUAAAGGAGGCAUUUUGGAUCAUCUGUUCUCCACUAGCCGAGGACAGGAGGAGAAGAUCUUUGAAUUGACCGGACUCAAUUCAUCGGAUUCUUUAAAGUUCCCCAGUGAAUGAACACUGGGGAACACCCUCCGAAGAUCGUGACAGAUUCAGACCCAGUGAAUGAACCUCCUUUGAAGCCUCCUCGUCUGCUCUCUGCAGGCAUUUCAUCCCAAUUAUCCGCUCCUCCUCCUCCUCCCUCCUCCUCAUCAUCUUCUUCUUCUGAUUCUAAAUCUUCUAAUUCUUGUUCAAUCUUCUUUUAAUUCUUCAGGCAGGAGGAGGGGGUGUGCAGGACGAUAUCUCUGUGCACGGGGAUGCAGAGCUCGACGCUGGCGGGGCUGCUGGCGACGCAGUUCCUGGGGGCCAGCCACGCGGUCCCCGCCGCCUGCUCGGUGGUGGCGAUGGCCGUCAUGGGCCUCUUCCUCGCCGCCUUCUGGGGGACUGGUUCUCGUCUCAGAGACCUCCCAUUCCCCCUCUUCUUCUCCCCUCGUGAAACCUCCUGCUCCGGCAUGCCGUCUUGA